AUGGCCCACGAUAAAGGAGUUGGUGGCGUCGGAAUGAGAAGAGAUCCAGCCUGUGCAACCGGAGCCAUCAACUGGAAAUCAGAAAAGUCCUCAAAGGUCUUCUGGCGUCGCGGACAGGAACAAAAAGUUGGUGAGAGAACUCAUCCACCAAGUCACCCAAUCUGGAUUGUCCUUCUGGUGGUCAUCGCACUCCGCCUACUUCGUCGUCUUGUCGGACGGAUCUUGCACGAUCGACGCCAACGACUGGAGAUCCGUCGGAAUAACGAAGAAGUCCGAGCCGAUAAUGCAGCGGUUAUCAACGAAGUCGUCAACUUUCAUCAAUUCUUGCUGGAAGCCAGUGUCAUUGCCCAGGACGAUACUCAAAUAAUUAUAUCUUGGUCUCACAGUUAA